UGUGGCAACAGUGACGUUUGUAAAUUUUUUGUAAUAUUUAGUAGGAAAAUGUAAUAUUUUUGUUUAAAUGAUUGUGUUUUAUGAAAAACACUGUCCGAGUAAGAUAUUUGGAGAAGAGUUUCGUUCGAAAUUAGAUUAGCAUUAGAGUCCACAAUGGGCAGCGGGCAGUCCGUCCGCGCCUCGCACUUCUCCCGACCGCAGGCGCCACCAACGGACGAACAGGACCCCCACAUCAGCAUCUCCAACAAAAUGGUAGAACGGCUUGUUGAAGACGCUACCCUCGCUGGAGGAGCGGCGUCAGCGCCGCCAGUGACGCGCAAGCCACCACGGGAGGAUCUCAAGGAGAAGAUACUCACAGAAAAGAUGAAGUGUCUGGAUGAGACGCACUCGGAGAGGAGCAAAAUAACGGUAGAUGACAUCAACUCACUGGUGCGCCGCAUAGAGAUGCGGUCCUCUAAUAUGUCGAGUAUGGAGCCCGUGUGCCCCGAUUACCAGCAGCGCAUAAUCGACUGCUACAAUGAGGGGGAGGAAGGAGGGGAUGUGGUGCAAUGUUGGAAUACCAUCGGUGAGUUUUCCCAAUGCGUAGCGGCAGCGGGCGCAGCCCGGCUACAAGCGCAGUCACAACUCGCAGCAACAGCGACACGGCGACACAAUCUGCUUUCCGUGCGCGGUUUGUCGCCAUAACCAGUCUUCCAGUAGGUAGGCCAAGCACAUGAUAGGCACGACAGUAUCUCGCCGCGAGAUAGACUACCCGUUUUUUUCUAACUGUAUUAAUUAAAGAGGGACGUGGGUAGUCUAUCUCGCGGCGAGAUACUGUCGCGCCAAUCAUGUGCUAGCCCGGCAGGUCAGGCGUCCAUGACGCGUCCUAAUCACAGACUACAGACUGCCGUUCAACUGUGUGGUGGCCAACCAAACGCAACAUACAACGAUCGACCACGUCAAGCAUUUCCUGUCCAGCAUAGAUGACAAUCUUACAUCGACACAUGCCGAUAGAAAAGCAAAAAUAUAUCAGGAUGUAAGAUGCAACGAAAUGUCACGUGAUCAUUACCAUACAUUAUUUUAUAUCACAUUAAUAGAGCGCGGACACACUAGCGAUUUGCGAGCGAGUUGGAAGCGACGCGAGCGCGCAGCGAGUUCGCUGCAUACUGUCAUACUGGAAUGGGAGCGAAGUCGUUGGGUAGGUACUCGCGGCGAGAUCGUUACGCGCUCGCGGCGAACUCGUUGCGCGCUCGCGGCGAACUCGCUGCGCGCUCGCCUCGCUUCCAAUUCACUCGCAAAUCGCUAGUGUGGCCGCGCUCUUAGAUUGGCGUUUUAUAUCAAAUGCUUGUCACUUGGCUAGGCCUAAUGGUUUACAUCCUAUCGUCGUUCGCGGACAGCUGCUUAGGCAUAGACUAACUGACCCAUUGAAGCUCUAUUAUCUAAUCUUAAAUAAGUCUACAACAAUGUGCCUUUCCUCUUGCGUCUUCUUUAUGUCAUAGCUGAAACGUCACUAGUUACUCACUGAAUAUAGAACCAUUAAACCAAUAGUGUAAUUUUUGUUAUUAUUUAUUUUUCUAAGCACAGUCUGUUAUAUUUUAUUAUACCAGGUAUCUUUAA